AUGUCUUUAAACCACUGUUUUAGUGGUUGAUAUUGUGUGAAAAAAGACAAAGUGUGGUACAAACAAAGGGCAGAGGGUAGGAAGAGGUAGCGUAGUGAUCGUUUCCCGUCAAAAUGUCUUUAGAAGACCCAUUUUUCGUCGUGAAAGACGAGGUACAAAAGGCAGUUCAGACAGCUAGAGGCCUGUACACACGGUGGUGUGAACUGCUUGACGACCCGAACUCUGUAUCAAAAGAGGAAUACGAUUGGACCUUGAAUGAACUUCGCAACAGCAUCCGCAGCAUAGAAUGGGAUUUGGAUGACCUAGAAGAAACAAUUGGUAUUGUUGAAAAGAAUCCAAAAAAGUUCAAGAUUGAUGAUUUUGAACUAAAAGAACGUCGCAGUUUUAUAGAACGUAUGAAGGCUACAGUUCAGGAAAUGAAGGACCAUAUAGCCAGCCCAUCUGUGAAGUCAAAGGAAGAUGCUCACACAAGACAGUCUUUACUUGGGGCUAAUGGUACGACACGCCAAGACCGCUACACGAGAUUAGACAAUGACGUAGAGAGAGGUAAUCAAAGGUUCAUAGAUGACACCAGUCAACAACAACAGUUGAUCAUACGUGACCAAGACGAGAACCUGGACAGGAUUGGAGGCAGUGUCAGCGUGCUGAAGAGCAUGAGUCGACAAAUAGGCAGUGAAUUAGAGGAACAAAAUAGUUUCCAAUGUCUUGUGUCGGUAUUUGCAGGAUGCUUGAUGAGUUUGGGCAUGAGAUGGAAGUCACAGAGACAAGGAUGGACCAAGUGAUGAAAAAGAUGGCCAAAGUCAUGCAUAUGUCAAAUGAUCGUCGACAGUGGUGUGCCAUCGGAAUUCUGCUUGUCGUAAUGGGCAUUGUGAUCAUACUGUUCUUCAUCACAUGAUGAGCUCAGCCAGUCAUAUCGGCGUCUCAAUUCUUGGCCGAAGUGAAAAUAUUUUUAUAAAUGACCUGUGCAAAGAAGACCAUGUGUAAUACAGAUAUGGACAACCGUUGGUUGAGAUUUUCUUCUUUUCAUGUGUUUUGUGAGCAAGUUGAGUGACAGGUGCAAUGAUGGUGUGCUACAAGAUUCUCUAGAUAUGGAAGUAAAAAAUGCUGCUUGUGUUCAGUAGCUAUGUGUUACACUAUUCCCAAACUUACUGAUGCAUACAUUAUUUAGUGUUUAGUAUUCAUUGUUGCAGUCAAAUCUCAUCGUUGUAAGAAGAACCGUUUGGUUCAGUACAAGGGGAGACAAAUCUCAUACCCUGCAGAGCCCUGUUACAAGAAUAACAAGGGAGGCAAAUCUUGUAUAAGCAAAGGUCUUGAUUUCUUUACCAUGUUUGAAGAGAAUUUUAUUUGAGGAAAGUUCUUGGUUUAUUAAUGAUCCCCUGUGACGACAUGUGUAGCAGGAAGAUACUUAUGAUAGGCUUUGAACUCUGCUGUAAAUAUUAUGCUGGUGGUGUGCCAGGAAGAAAUUUACCACAAUUUCUCCACAUACCACAUGGUUGGCUCAUGUUUCUUAUUGGUGUGAAGGAAUAUUGUGCUGAAUCUCAUGCUAAACACCAAACAGUAGUCACGUGGCACAGACAAGUACAUGGAAAUUCAUUAUAAAAGAAUGAUAACUGAGCAUUGUCUUUGUAGGUAUUUUCCAAAGCAUUAUUUCUUCAAUCUUGCUUUCGUCAUCGUGUAACUCAAAAAUUGUUGAGUACGACGUUAAACCCGCAGCACUCACUCACUCAC